AUUCAUCCUUACUGCUUACAACAAGUUGUCUAUCCAGAGCUGGUUUAGUUUACACCGAGUCGUGAUUAUCUUCAAUAACUCAGUCCAAGCAACUUUUAAUGCAACUGGCAUAUAUGCUCCAUCAAGUUAUUCCUACCACUGCCAGCAUGUCAGCAGCCUGCAGCGGUAUGAUGCCCUCUUGUUACCUGACGACAUGGAUGAUACCUCAAGCAUGUGGGAGGUCACUUUUGUUAAUUUCCAGAUCCAAGGCUUUUCCAUCAAGGGAGGAGAGUUUGCCAAGGCCCGAGAUUGCACCUCUUCCUUCUCACCAGCCAUUCUGAUUGGGCUGGCAAUGUCCCUGAUUCUGUUGCUGGCAUUGGCCUCUGCCCUGCAUACACUCAUUUACCUGCGGGAUCUUGACCGGCACUACGAUUUUAUCGCCUCUCCUUCCCACUUCUCACGGUUGAAAGCUCAAGAUGUAGCAGAAGAGAAGGAACUGCUGAGGAGCCAGGGACUUGAAUGCUAUGAACUGAGAAGCCAACAGAUCUGCAAAAUUUAUGUUUAA